UCGCUACUUCAUCAUUUCACACUCCCACCCUCGCUCUAAAAGCUCGAGCACUAGCUAGCACACUACCGCCAUUAUCGUUACAAGGCAAGAGCGCAAGGCCUCACCGAGCGAGAUGUCGAUGGCGGGCGUGGCGGAGGAGCAGUACUACGGGGGCCCGCGCGGGGCGCCGCACGGGCUGCUGCUGGCGGUGGUGGUGGGGCUGGUGGUGGCGGGCCCGCUGUUCCUGGGCGACGGCGGCGAGGCCGUCACGGAGGCCAUCGCGGAGCUGCUCAGCCCCGUCGGCCUGCUCCUCCUCCCCGUCUCCCUGCUCCUCCUCAUCCGCCUCCUCUCCUCCGACCGCGGCGCCGCCGCCCUCUCCGACGCCUUCGCCUUCGGCGGCUCGCCCGACGCCGUGCACCGCGUCGGCGGCUCCCCCAUCGGCGUCGCGCUCAUGCUGCUACUCAUCCUCGCACUCCUCUACUACCGCUCCGCGCUCUUCGGAGGCGGCGGGGACGACGACGAGUAGUGCUGCUACUUGCUAGGCGGCCGCCGGAUGCCGGUGCCGGUGGGUAGGUAGAGUCGAUCGAUCGAUCUCUUCUCGGGGCUGGCUGGUGGGUUGUUCAGGCUUGCGGGGGGUGUGUUUUGGUAGUUUCGGGUUAGUGGAUGGACCUGGGUGUAAAAGUGCUCUGUAAAUUACUCCGUUUGGUUUGCUCCGCGUUUAAAGGCUGAAGCUUCUGCGCCA